AUGGCGUCUCGAUUGGCCCGUCGUUCGAGGACGCUGGAUUCUGACGAUGAAGGUUCGAGGGCGAAUACUCCUUCGUCAACCGCCCCGAACGACAGCAAGCGACUGCGAAGAACAAUCACCUCCGAUUCCGAGGACGGCUCCGCCUCGGAGGAUAAUUCCACACAGACACCUGCUCAUAUGCCGGCGAUACGCAAGCCUCAGUCUCAGAUUCCGACGAGCGUGCCUAGCAGGAAUGGCCGCAGGCAGACUCACCAACCCGGGGCCAUUGUCCGGGUGAAACUGACGAAUUUCGUCACUUACACCUCUGCAGAAUUCUUCCCGGGACCGAACCUGAAUAUGGUGAUCGGCCCAAACGGUACUGGCAAAAGCACACUUGUCUGUGCAAUAUGCCUCGGGCUGGGGUGGCCGCCUUCGUACCUCGGGCGUGCAAAGGAACCAGGCGAGUUUGUCAAGCAUGGCCGGGGCGAGGCCACGAUUGAGAUCGAGCUGCAACGACAACCGACUUCGCGGAAAAACCCGGUGGUGACCAGAAUCAUCAAAAGAGAAGGGAACAAGUCCAUUUUCACUUUGAAUGGGGCAGCAUCCACAGCCAAAGCAGUUCAGACUUUGGCGAACUCCUUCAACAUCCAAAUUGACAACCUGUGCCAGUUCCUACCCCAGGACAAGGUGGUGGAGUUUGCUCAACUGAGUCCCAUUGAGCUUCUCGCGAGCACACAACGAGCCGUAUCCGGCCCAGACAUGGCGAGAAUGCAUGAGGAUCUGAAAAAGUUGCGCAGUUCACAGACUCAGUUUAUGAACGAGCACAAGCAAGACCGAGAUCAUCUAACCAACUUGGAGAAUCGACAAGAAAUGCAACGGACCGAAGUGGAGCGGAUGAGAGAACGAGCCAUGGUUCAGAAGAGACUCGCCUGGUUGGAACUAUGCCGCCCGGUUGCCCAAUACACCGAAUCCAAGACAAAGUACCAAGAAGCAAGGUCAAAAGCCAAAGCGCUCACGCAAGAGUUGAAGCAACUCAAGGCUGUCUCCGCUCCCACGUUGCGCAAGAUUACGGCGAAGGAGACAUACGAGUCGAACAUACGGGCGCUCAAGAACGAGAGGGCAAACGAGCUGGCCAGAAGCGAGCGUGAAUGCAGCAACCAGGCAAAGGAAGUAGAGAAAUGUCAGGACACGAUUCGAGACCUCGACAACAAAGUCGAAGCUGAAAAGAAGAGCAUCCCCAAAAUACGCGAAGAACUGAAACGCUUGCAACACAAGAUCACAGAGCUUAGACGGAAACGUGAGCAACGUCCGGAGGAGUUCGAUAGUCGCGCCAUUGCCGAUGAAAUACAGGAGCUAAAGAAUCAGCAGAGGGUGCUGGACCCCCAACUGGAAGAGUUGGAGAGACGCAAAGACGAGCUGAGACAGAAAGGGACGACCAACAACAACGCAAUCACGCAACUCAACGCCCAGCUUGAAGGACUGGAGACCCAGGCCGGCCAGCAGGAAAAUAAAUUGCAGCACUUGUCAAGAGACACAUUUCUGGCGUGGAAGUGGAUACAAGAGAACCAGGAGGAGUUCAAGCAGCACGUGUUUGGGCCACCUAUCGUGGAAUGCUCAUUGAAGGACCCCCGGAUGGCCGACGCGGUCGAAUCUGUGCUUCAAGACAACGACUUCAAGUUCAUCACUGUCCAGAACCAGGACGACUUCAGCUAUCUGCAGCGCAAAUUGUUCCGCGAGAAAAAAUACCACGACGUCAGUUUACGUGUUUGCACAAGCGACAACCUGUCGCAAUUUCGACCUCCUCUCUCGCAUGAAGAGAUGGAGAGAUAUGGAUUGACCAGCUGGGUUAGGGAUCAUCUCGACGGCCCCGCCACGGUUCUCGCCAUGCUUUGCACGGAGAGAAACCUGCAUCGAUGUGGUAUCAGCUCGAGAGAGCUCACUCAACAGCAACACGACGAACUGGCAAAGACGGCCGUGCAGAGCUACGUCGUGGGCAGGAAAAGCUACCAAUUUGUGCGACGCGCGGAAUAUGGCUCGGCAGGGACAUCUGCUCGGGUCCGUGAGGUGCGCCCGGCCAAAAGGUGGACGGAUCAGCCGAUUGACGUUGGCCGAAAGGCCACUCUACAACGAGAAAUUGCCGAGCGCAGAGGAGACAGCCAAAUCAUGAAGACGGAAUUUGAAAAUUUGAAGAAGGAGAUAGCUGAGAUUAAGGAGAAGAAGAAGCAGCUAGAGGAAGAAGCGGUCGAAAAGAAGCAAGAGAAAGACGCCAAGCAGAGAGCGUUGAUGGAGUGGAAGGCGCUAGAGCCCAAGAUUCAGGACAAUGAAGAGAAAGUGGGCAAGCUACAGGAGACGUUGGAUGGAUUCAAAACUCGGGUUAGGGACCUGAGGGAUCGACAAGACGACGCUCUUGUGGCCAAGACUGAAGCUGUCCUCGAGUAUGCGUCUGCCACCCGAGAUGUCCGAGUGAAACUCGCCAGCUUGUUGGAAGCCGACGUCAUGCUCGUGGAGGCGAUCUCGGAUGUGGCAGCUUUGCGCGCCCAGAACGAGGAGAUUACCAGCGCGAUCACCCAGAAGUCAGCCGAGGAGGCGGAGGCCAAGAGUGUCCACAAGAGGGAGUAUGAGCGAGCGACGCAAGUGCUGGAGGCCGUACACCGAGUGAGGGCACAAGCCGGCACACUCGUGGAGGAAAAGGGCGAGGGUGGAUUGCUCGAGGUGUUCCAAUUCGUUGCGGGAAUACAACAGGAAGAAGGGCUGGAUGCCGAAAUCGACGCGGAAAGGGCCAAGCUGGAGUUGACCGAAGGCGGCAGCGCCAGUAUCAUCCGCGACUUCGAAGACCGAGCCAAGGUGAUUGAAAGAUUACAGGCGAAACUGGCCGAGACCGAGACGCGACAGGCAGAUUUCAAACACAGCAUCCGGGAGAUACGAGACAAAUGGGAACACCGGUUGGAUGAGGUGGUGGCCAGAAUCAACGAUGCCUUUUCCGACUCAUUCGCCCGCAUCGGGUGCGCGGGACAGGUGGCCGUCUACAAGGCCUCGUCCGACGAUCCGGCCGACUGCGCGGAAGAGAAUGGCGGGCAGGAGAAUGGACUGGACUUUGCUAACUGGGCCAUCCACAUCAGUGUCAAGUUCCGUGAACAUGAACCGCUGAGUUUGCUCGACAGCCACCGGCAGUCCGGGGGGGAGCGGGCGGUCAGCACCAUUUUCUACCUCAUGGCGCUCCAGAGCCUGAAUCGAGCUCCUUUCCGCGUGGUGGACGAGAUCAACCAGGGCAUGGACCCCAGAAACGAGAGGAUGGUUCAUGGAAGGAUGGUGGACAUUGCAGCAGAUGACGGGGGAAGCCAAUACUUCCUGAUCACCCCGAAGCUGCUCAGUGGGUUGAAGUACAGACGAGGCAUGACCGUGCUGUGUAUCGUGAGCGGGGAGAACAUGCCCGCGGCAAGAGAGCGAGACGAGAACGGUCACUGGGUGGAUGGGCCCAAGGUCGAUUUCCGGGCGUUUGUACAACGGGCAAAGGAACUGGGCAUGGGCGUGGCGAGCGAUGGCCGGGGCGUCGAGGUCGAGGUCGGCGACGGUGACGGCGAGAGCAGGAGGUUUGGGCACGUCUCCAGUCAGGUCGCGGCGGUGGGAGCUUGA